UGGCUAUAACCUACCGAGUGUUCACAUUCAUCACAAAUGCUGUCAUUCUCCGGUAUAUUACAUCUGAUGUCCUGGGCAUCAUCAAUGUCAGGCUGGCUCUACUCUACUCGACUGACACCUUUGUCAGUGUGGAGGCUUUCCGUCGGGCGGCGCUGGGCGUGACAGAGAGCAGCACGUGGCGCCAGGCCAUCAACUUGGUGUGGCUCAGCGUGCCCGUGUCAGCGGCGGUGUCGGCGGCGCUGGCCGGCCUCUGGCUGCACGCGCUCAGCCAGCCGGCGCCCGAGGUGACCUCAGAGUACCGUCUGGGCGUGUGGGUCACCGCGGCCAUGGUUGUACUGGAGACGGCCGCCCAGCCGCUGGUCAUCCUGGCGCAGGCCAUGCUCUUUGUCAAAUUGAAGGUGGUAGCCGACAUGGUCACUCUGUGCAGUCGGGUGGCGCUCAAAGCCUGGCUGAUCGCCCUGUACCCGUCCCACGCCAUCUGGGCCUACUGUGUGGGCCACGCGGUCAGCUCCGCUCUCCUCGUGGUCAUCUAUUACGGCACCCUGCUCUGGCACGUCCGCUCACCGGAUAACUGUCUACCGGUGAAGUCGGCGAGCGAGCUGGGACCCAGACUGGUGCCGGGACAGCCGGUGUCUGCCGCGGGGGGCCGGGUUCUGCACGACCUGCUGCGCGCCAUGAGCCUGCUCUGUCUGGUUGCCGUCACGUUCGGCUGGAGCUACUCCCACCUGCUGCUGCGGCUGUACGGAGGCGCCCUGCUGACCGCCGGUCCGGCCGUCAGUCUGCUGCGCGCCCAGUGCGCCUACGUGCUCCUACUGGCGGUGAACGGAGUGCUGGAGUGCUACACGUUCGCAGUGAUGCGCCAGGAACAGAUCAAUGGGUAUAACCGGAAGAUGGUGCUGCUAUCUGUGAUAUUCGUCAUCUCGACAGGGAUCUUUACUAGGCUAUUCGGCGGGGUUGGAUUGAUCCUCGCCAACUGCGUCAAUAUGCUGACCAGGAUAUACGUUUGUUACCGGUUCGUGGCCGGUCUGCCGCUGGAGCCGGCGGUGUCCGUGCCGCCGCUGCUCGGUCUCCGCCCGCCGCCCGCCGUGGCUGCCGCGCUGGUGACCGCCGGCCUGCUGGCAGCCGGCUCCGAGAGCUGGCUGUACCCCAGCUCCGCCGCCGCCCAUGUGGCUGUGGGCGCGCUCUGUGGGGCCGCCGUGGUGGCCGCGGCAGUGUACAGCGAGCCCCGCCUCCUCCAGGCGGUCAAGGAGCGGGUCGGGGAUAAACUGAAGCGCAGCUAG